CAGGGGCCGCCUUCGUCUUUUCCGGCAGCUCGCUCAUCCGUAGCUUCGACUCGCCCAUCCGUCGCUUCGACUUUCGCGGCGAUACCCUCAUCGUCUCCUUCCAGGCCCUCCUGGCACACGCCCCUUCCCGUGGAGCCGACGGCGCAAAGCGCUGCGGCGGAGUCCUGCUGGCACCCCAUCUGCGCGGCGCCCAGCCCGCUGGGCGCCGGCGCCGGCGGCGCGGGCGCGGCGGGCGCGGAGCUGCCGGAGUGGCAGGGCACGGAGGAGGCGCAGGAGGAGCUGCCCUUCGACGGCAUCGACAACGAGGACGUGGGGCCCUACGCCUCUGAUCGCCACGCCUCGGAUCGGCCGGGCGGCUCGCGGCUGGCCGUGGUGAGCCACGCCUCCAGCCGCUCCGACAAGGAGCUGCCGCCCAUCGCGGAGCGCCCCACGGAGUCCAGCCGCGUGCCGGGGGCCUGGGGGAAGAUGCCGGAGCCCGACGAGUUCGAGGACCUGCCGGAAGUCGAGAAUCACCUCUUCAAUCCAAACUGGACCGGCAAAAUGACCUGGGAUUUCGCCGUCAUGUUCCUGGUGGUCACGGACUCCAUCAUUCUGCCAUUCCAGCUUUCAUUCAAGCAUGGCAUGCCGGAGGAUGCUUUUGAUGAAGUUUGGUUUUGGAUUACCACCGUGGUCUUCUUCACGGAUGUCCUCUUCUCCUUUAACACUGCCAUCGAGAACCCCUCGCAGCCUGGCACGUGGAUACUCUCCAGACUCCGCAUUGCCAAGAACUACUUGCUCGGCUGGUUCUCCAUCGACUUCUUCAGCACAAUUCCGUACGGACGCCUGGCCGAAACCUUUGGCGACGGAAGCUCUGCAGGUGCUGUGAGGUUGCUCAAGAUGCUGAAGUUCCUGCGAAUCAUGCGGCUGAUGCGGAUGCUGCGCAUGUCCAAGCUCCGCGCGGUCUGGGAGCGAUUGGAGAUUCGGAUCGGCUCCAUUGCCAUCAUUCAGAGCAUCAUGCUGAUGAAAGUGCUUUUCUUCGUGGUGGCCAUGUGUCACUGGAGCGCCUGCCUCUUUUGGGUCAUCGGGCGCCCGGAGAGUCUGCUCACGGACCUGCUGCCCGGCGACAGCGCGGAGAAGUUCCAGCAAAUGCCGCACUGGACCACUUUGAGCCGGCGAGAUGGGCCGGAUCAAGGCGAGUGGUCCUACGAGCAAAAGCCGCUUCCGGAGCAGUACAUUUUUUGCUUCUACUGGACGCUGGGCGUGAUGCGUACCAUGCCGGCCGAAGUCACCCCAGUGAACUUCCCAGAGCGCAUCUUUGUGCUGCUGUUCAUGUUUUUCGCGCUCUCAGCGUUCGCUGUCUCUGUGGCAUCGCUGACGCAGGCCUACUUCAAGAUUUUCGAGCGUGGUCGCACCUUCAACGACGAGCUGUUCUUCGUGCGAAUGUACAUGAACCGCUUCGGGGCCCAGAAGCCCCUGGAGCAGCGGGUGAAGAAGUUCCUGGCGCACCUCUUCGAGCGCCGGAGGAUCAUGGCCAAGGAGACCAACCUAAUGGAGAAGCUGCCGGAGG